AAUGUCACAGAAUGACAUUAGAGAAUGUACUUGAAGAAGUAGAAAUGUGUGAUUGACAGCGUUAUGUGUAUUGACGAGAUCCCACACAGGUCUAAUAACGCUGAUAAUACAAACGCACAUAUAACAGCUGCAUAUAAAGCACCUUUCAUGCAGAUGAAUGAGUCUUUCACACGUAGCUGGAGGAAGAACCAACUGUAGGAGGGAACUCGGUUUGGACUGUAAGAGUUUAAGGGUGUGUACAUGACCACAGAUUUCACUCGACAAUUACCUUUCUGUACAGGUUUCAGGUGUUUUGACAGAAAUGAAGCUUCAUGUUCAGCAAAGGAGCAUCUGGAAUAUUUGUAGAUACAACACGGAUGUACUGCACUGAUCCUCGCUCGAGUAAUUCCAAGCCCACAGAGACAAAAAGAGAGAUAUUCCAUCUGCUGAAGGUUUUUGAGCUCUGUCGAGUCGGCCUGCCUUACUGAGGCGUGAAGAUGCUGCAGCAGAUAUUGACUGACAUGUACAUUGAGCCGGAGCUCCUGGCCGAGCUGAAUGAGGAACAGAAACAGAUUCUGUUCUUUAAGAUGAGAGAAGAACAGAUCAGGAGAUGGAGAGAAAGAGAGGCACAGCUGGAGAAGGAGGAAGCUGCACGUGUGAAAGUCAAAAAAGUUUCAGGAAAGGCUGUGUCGUGGAUGAAGGGUCUAGAUGAUGAUGUGUGGGUUUGGGUGAUGGGAGAACAUUCUGAUGACAAAACCUACGAUCAAAUCUGUGACGAGAUCAUGGCCGAAAGAGCAGCCGUGCAGGCCCAGAUAGAGGCUGAGAAGCUCAGGGCUAAGAAAGAGGUUGAGCUGGAGAAGCGCUUUUCUGGCCUGUAUCUCGAACCGGACCAGGUUAUGUUGUCAGAACAGGAAAUCCAGCAGAAGGAGCAGAAAAGAGCAGAGGAGGAGCUCAAGAAACUGGAGUUGGAGGAGAGGCGAAAGGCUGAGGAGGAGCUGAGGAGGCUGGAGCAGGAGAGGAAAAAGCAGAUUUAUAUAAGCUUGAAGGAGGUGCAGAGCAGUAAACAGACUCAUGAGGAGGAGGACAAGGAGUGGCAGAAGACAUUGCAGAAGUCAAAAGCUGCAGACAUGCGCAGACGAUCUCUAGCCAAACAGACUAUAGAGGACCACCGCAGGCGCUCAGUCAAAGCUCUAGAAAGGGGACAUGUUGCGGCCAUGACAAAGGCCUUUGGCACCACGAAUCCAACCCCUGUGCCCGCACCCAAACCCAAACCCAGAAACACCACAAACAGCAGCAAUGCAAUCAGUCGGAAGGGUGGUAUGCGGCGCUCGCUGUCAACGUCUAGUCGAGACCAUAUUAUUCGCUGGUUCAAGGAGGAACAGUUGCCGCUCAGAGCUGGAUUCCAGCGCGACCAGACCCGGAUCGCACCCUGGUUUCACGGUAUAAUAUCUCGUGAACAGGCAGAGGAGCUACUGAAGGAGGGUGAGCCCGGGUACUUCCUGGUGCGUGUUAGCGAGAGGAUCUUCGGAUAUGUGCUUUCCUACCGAUCCAGUGAGGGAAUCAAGCACCUGCUGAUCGAUGCUUCAGAGAACUGCUACAUGCUGCUGGGAGACCAGAUCAGAUUCAGCUCGCUCAGUGAACUCGUGGAAUAUCAUGAGGUGGAGCCGUUGAGCUCAUCUGAAGUAGAGGAGUAUCUGCGAUGUGCAUGUGGACAGAAAGCGGCCUCAGCGGAUUAUACAGAGCUCUUCAGCUGAACCAAACCAGCAGAAGAGUGGAGGAGAACCUGUGUCUUCACACAAUCAUCCACACUGGAAAUACAGUAAAGUUAACAAAAACUGCCAAUCAACAUAUCUGUGAAGACAUGAUCAUAAUUCUGUUUAAAGGCAUCGUCCCAUUUCAUAAAAGUAUUAAACUUAUCUGAAAGUAUGAAGCCAACAUUUAACCACAACUUUCCAUCCAAAAACAUGUGACUGUUCCGUUGUGUAACAGAACAGAUCAAACUCAAAGAUGAAGCAAAAACUCAAAGUUUAUUUUUAUUUUAAUCACAACAUACGUUUAAAAACAGUUCUGGAACCAUGUAGCUUUAUUCAUCUGACAUUUUAUAAUAAAAAUGUUCAGCUGUGAUCUCUUGUUGACUAACAUUUUCUUUAAAAAAAAAAAAAAAACAAAA